UUUGCCGUCGUUCGACGUCGGGCAAUCGAGGACAAGUUGGGCUCUCGACAGAAACCAGCGAAACAUGUGGAAGAUGAACUUGUUGCCGCUGUUUGUGGUGGCUGUGCAAUUCCGCAGCGUGACGCCUGUGAUUCACUCGCUCAAGUAUUUCCAAACAACGUCCUCUGAAAUUCCGAACUUCCCAGACUACUUGAUGGUUGGUCAUGUUAACGAUGUUCUGAUUUCACGCUACGACAGCAAGAGCAGGAAAUUUGAAGCCAAACGUGAAUGGAUGAACAAAAUUGAAAUGGAUGCACCACACCACUGGGAGAGACAGACCCAGUACAAUAUUGGCCUUGAACAGACCUUCAAAGUCAACUUUGAAAUUGCUCAAGAGCGCUUCAACCAAACUGGAGGUGUUCACAUGAUCCAAUCGAUGAUUGGCUGCGCAUGGGACGAUGAGACGGACGAGUUGGUGGACGGUUGGGAACACCUCGGUUACGACGGAGAAGACUUCCUGUCGUUUGAGUUGCAGACGCAGAGAUGGAUCGCAAUCCAGCAACAAGCUUUCGACACCAAACACAAGUGGGACCAAUUGGACAACCUUAAUCAAUACUGGAAGUAUUACAUAAGAGAUACCUGUCCUGGCUGGUUGAAGACGUUUAAGAGCCACGGGGCGAUGGACCUCCUCAUGAGAACAGAGCUCCCGGUGAUGUCCCUGCUGCAGAAGACGCCGUCGUCUCCGAUCACCUGCCACGUGACGGGUUUCUACCCCUACAAAGCCGCCCUUUUCUGGAGGAAGGACGGCGCGGACCUCUACGAGGACGUGGAGAUGGGAGAGACCCUCCCCAACCACGACGGAACCUUCCAGAUGACGGCCCACCUGCAAGCGGAGCUGCCGGCCGACGCGGAGGACCGCUACGAAUGCGUCUUCCAGCUGUCCGGCGUCGAGGGCGACAUGGUCACCAAGCUGGACAGAAGACUCAUCCUGAGCAACGAGCGCGACCGAGAGGAAGAAAUCAGGAAGAUGACGCUGGCCGUGGCGAUCCCCGUGGCGCUCCUCGUUCUGCUGGCGCUGCUGCUCGUGGUCCUCGUCAAGCUUCACAAAAGCAAACGAGCCAACUACACGGCAGCGUCUGUUGACGGCGAUUCCGAGCUGACUCCAAGGCCUCCUUCUGAGCCCGAUUCUGAUCCCACUUUAAAGUCCGUUUCCGAGGCAGGUUCCGAACCCGCCUCAGAGUCCGCUUCCGAGCCCGCUUCCGCGUGA